UCUGAUUGGAGAAGACAAUUAAUUUGGAAAGGUGAUUUUCUGUAUCUCCUUCUAUGCGAAUUACAAUCUAAUUGGGCCAUACGAGAAAAUCAAUGAUGCCAAGGUUUGAAAAGGUGGGAUUAAUGAUGUAUAUUUGAAGGAAAAUUAUUUGGUUUCAUCUAUUCACUCACAGGAGGAUUGACGUAUUAAUUAUUAAGUGUAUACUUAUUAGGGUAAACUAACCACAAUAAAUUCGUCAAUUAUUUGUGAGCAAAAUUGAUUUUCUUCAUCAUUUUAGUGUGUAGAAGGCGCUUUGGCAGGCGAAGGAGAACAUAAUUGAAAUCGCAAUCUUUACAUGUUUCCAAACACAAUAUUCUCAUAUUUAUUAUAAGGAAUCAUAUUUCGUGAAAUUUACUUGUUAUCUCCAAAAGUUAUUCAAACGAUAUGUUCAUUACGUUCGUACCAAGCAUGAAAAACGGUUUAUGACGGAUAACGAAUUGGACAUCUCAAUUCCUUAAACAAUUUUAAAUUAAACUCAACCACAAAGAAAGGUCCUCUGCAAUUUGCAUAAAACUAGUAUAAAUAAGAGAAUGAAAAUGGAAAAAGAUCAGAAGAAGAAGCAUGUUUUUCGACUCAAUACCUUCAUUUUACUACUUUCCCUCCCUUUGCUCGGCUUUGGUCUCGAUUUCUCCGUAUUCGGGCAGAGAAUUUCCUUGAGUAAACACUUUUCCGGCGGAAAAACCGCCGUGAAGGAGACGGUGGAUGGGAAGGAAUUUAUCAAAUUUCAUCUAUCAAGACUAGUUCGAGGGGAGGAUCGUAAGAAACUUGAUGAGACGGGCUUCGCCUGCGACACGGCCAUCCAUUCCGUCCACUGCGUAUCCACUAAACCCGUAAGAAUCGACACACGGAACAUGACCGUGUACAUGCCCUCCGGUUCGGACGUGCAGAACGAGACGUCUAUCCGGCCGUACGCGCGACAAGAAGACUUACUGGAACAAAUCUCCCCUGUUCGGAUGAUCCUGUAUGGCAACAACACGGACCUGCCCCCGUGCGAGUUCCACCACUGCCUCCCGGCCGUGGUGUUCUCCUCGGGGAGCACGGGAAACAUGUUCCACGAGAUUAAUGACAUCAUCAUCCCCCUCUACAUCACCACCAAGCAGUUCGGGUCGCGCGUGCUCCUCGUCGUCGAGGACUACAAGCCCUCGUUUGUCGCAAAAUACCGUGCAAUCCUCUCCCGUCUAUCGUACCAUGAGCCCAUCAACCCGGCCACAAACGCUACAGUCCAUUGUUUCCCAUCUACUGUAGUCGGGCUAAAGUACCAUGACAACCUGGCACUGAAUGCCAGUGACAUCCCAGGAGGGUAUGGAAUGCCUGCAUUCCGUAACUUCCUGCGCACCACCUUUAGCCUGCGGUACACGUACGUGUCGCAGGUACCCAGGCCGAGGCUGGUGCUUCUGUCGCGCACUGGCACGAGGAGGUUCCUCAACGAGGACAAAAUGAUCGACAUGAUCAAGGACGUCGGGUUCCAGGUACUCGUGGUUAAACGGUUGAAACUAGCGUCAAACAUCGAGAAAUUAUCGCGGCUAAUAAACUCGUGCAGCGUGCUUCUCGGCAUACAUGGUGCCGGGCUCACGAACGAUAUAUUCUUGCCCACGGGCGCCGUGAUGAUCCAAGUGGAGCCUCUGGGCCUCGAGUGGGUUUCCAACAAGUACUUUGGCAACACGGCCCGCUCGAUGGGCGUGCACUACUUGCGCUACCGGAUCGACCGAGACGAGAGCUCGCUGGCAAAGAUAUACGGCCGCAACAGCUCGGUCGUUACCGAUCCGAUAUCGGUGUUCAUACAGCAUGGUAACAGACAUGCGAGAACUAUAUUUCUUGAUCAACAGAAUGUAAGAAUCAAUCUUGCUCGAUUUAGGGAGACAAUUGUUGAAGCGUUUAGUAUUGUUACGGAUUCGCCUGCUAGAUAAUAGUAUUAUGAUAGGGGCCUCGACCAUGUAACCCACCCAAGACUAUCACUGUUGACGGAGAAGCAGCCCGACCAAAG